CCCGGAGCUCUUUCCAGCACAAAUUUUGCAAAAGCAUCAGCAGGAGCUGUGGACGAGGCCCUGCGGCCCUCACAAAAACAUUAGUUUUCUGACAGCAUCGUCCUCGUUCUUCAUUUUUCGCACCGGGUUGGAUAACGCUUAAAUCGUAGGAAGAACGCCCACAUAACGAACACAAAAUGGACUCUGCGAUUUCGCAGUUGUUCCACGAGUGGGCGGAUCCCACGUCUACGCCGGUCGCGGUCACCUUUCCCGACUUGUGUUGCUUACUUCGGUGGUACGCGGUGUUCGACCCGCGCAACCUGACGCACCUGGACCUGCUCGCGCUGUGGGACCUGCUGGCCGACGACCUGGGUCUCGGCGACGAUGAACAGGUGAUGUUCGAGGAGGAGCUGUUUCCGUUUCUGCUGAAAAAGGUCGCCGCCAUUUUGUACGACCACGAACCUGUGGAAGAAGGGACCAACGAAGAUUGGCUCUGCGAACAGCUGCUGAACGACUUGGCGCUCGCCGCACCGCAGUUUCGGAAUCCCGAGCAUGAGCGACGCGCCAGGGACCAGAUGCGAAGGUAUGAAGAAUGAUAGAGAAACCGAAACGAAAACGAAAUCGAAAUAGACAAGCCUACUAGAAGGCCCCCUCUUGUUCCCUUUGUAAAGACACAUACGAAAUAUGAAAAAAGAAACCUUACAGGUUUUUCGGUCCAGUGUUCGAGAGUGAGAACCUGGAGGCUGCGUACGACCACGGCGGCGCUCUGGCGGCGAUUUUUACGCACUACGUAGAAACCACGACCGAAAAUGAAGACGAAGACGAAUUUCUUUCCACGCAGCGCCUAGAGCGCAUGUGUCUGGAUUUGGCGGUCCUGCCGACGUUGGUGACGCACGACACCUUUCUGCAGGUGGUGCACCAGUACGGGGAAGAAAGCUACGACUUCGGACAGUUUGUGGAGGUUUUCCUGGCGCUGUUGCUCUCCUGUGAGGAUGAGGUGGAAAUGCCGAUCGUUUUCCCUGGCACGACGACGACCGGUGUUGAGCAAACAGGAGAAGCUGGCUCGAAGAAAGCAGGUCCGACGGUGUUGAGUGGCGCCAUGAGUGUACCGGAGUUGCUGGAAUCGCUGAAAAUUCCAGUCAACGCCGAGUACGAGAAGCAGCAGCACCGGCUGCCGUUUUUGAAGAAGCUGCAGGAAACCGAGGCGGCGGAUGAUGAGGUCGCCGCGCUAGCGGCACUCGCUGAGGCGGACAAGCUGUUCGAGCCGCUCCCGCCCGCGUGCGACGCGGUGCGGCUGGGGAAGGACGACUUCACGGAGCAAGAGCUGGCCGGGAUGCCGAUGCAGCCGCCGCCCAUCGAGGAGGUGAUCGCGAAAGCGCACGCACCGAAGGCGAAAGGGAAGAAGGGCAAAAAGAAAAAGAAGAAGGGCGACACACCGGCGUUCCCCCGUCCGGAGGCUGGUACGUGCGUCUGGAUGACCAAGCGACCGCUGAAGGAACCGGUCACGAAGCCUCCGCAGUGGGACCUGUUCCAAACCGGGGUGAGCGAAUCGCUGGCGUCCCGCCAGAAGCUGCGGAGCAACUACGUCGCGAAUUGGCUCUUGCGCCCGUCGCUCAUCGACGAGCCGCUCGACCGGCCGGACGAAGCGAUUUUCCAUCCCUCAGCGCUGGCGCUCGUGGAGACGGGGUCCCAGCACCGCAACCGCGGGAAUCUGCAUGCCGCGUUUUUUUCGUUUUGGAAAGCGCUGGAGAUCGAGCGUGGAAAAUUGCGUGCCGGCGACGACAAAAGCAAACCCUUUUGGGAGCCGACGUACACGGAGCAGGUGGACGUGAUUGCGAUCCUGCGCGAGCUGAUUCACUUCGUCGAGCAGCCCUUCUCUGCCGCCAGUGCGGGCGGGGGAGGCGCGAGUACUGCGCUAAAAGAAGUUGAAACUUUUCUGCUCCUGUCCCUCGCAACGAUCGCCACGGGCUUGUACCUGGACGCGCUGGCGGUCACGCUGGCGUUUGCGGUUUGGAAGAAAUUAAGAAACGCGAGUCGCGAACUGGAUGUGCUCGCCCGGAAACAGCUCGGAACGGUUCUGUUCCGCCAGGGCGCGUACAAACUUGCAGCCCGGAACUUUCUGACCGUCGUGAAAAUGCAGGAGGCCAUGCUGGGCGACUGCGAUGUGGCUCUCGCGGCCUCUUACAACAACCUUGCUACCGCAUACAUGCACCUGACGCCCUUUCCGCGGAACCGCGAGGCCGUCGCCUAUUUCACGCUGGGCGCAAAACUGAUGAAGCUCUUCGCGGAACCCACGCACCCUGGGCAGCCGGUGUUCGUACGAAAUUUGGAACGCGCACAAGAAGCGUCUCGGGGCACACGAUUCGCAGUGAAGCCGCACUUGUGGUACAUCAGUUUGCCGGGAAAGCCAGCGAAAGGGAAAAAGAAAGGCAAGAAAAAGAAAAAGUAAACAGUGAGUAAGUGGGGCGCGCUUUUGAAUAGAUUUGCAGAUGCGAAACGCGGCGCUUUGUAUCGUCUUCGUUUUUGUGCUGAAAUUGAGUGAGAAGCAAAACAAGCAGAUAGCGCCUCUUAAGGUAAGUGCGGU